UUGCUGCACAUCCACAGCGGAGCCACCACGCCGAGGAGGCGGGCCGACUGUAGCUACACCUCGGCCAGCGGUGCUGGGUCAUAGCGCUGGUGGAGGGGGGGCAGCACACUGCUCUUCUUGCCCUUCCAAAACCGUGCACAGCCUGAAGCAUUGAGGACACCAUCAGACCGACGCGUACUGGAAUAGUUUUGGUUUUUGCCGAGACGCACCAAGUUGCAGCUGCAGAGGCGCACUUUUCUCCGUGGCACCUCUCUCCUCCUGCGCUCACAAUCCGACAUGGAAGAUGGUCCGUCUUCAACAAGCUGUUUCAGAAGAUUAACGGACUGUUUCCUGGAUGCAAGCUUGACAGAUGAGAAAGUGAAGGCCUACCUUUCGCUUCACCCGCAGAUGCUGGAUGACUUUGUGUUGGAGAGCGUGAGUGCAGAGACGUUGGACAGAUGGCUGAAGAGGAAGACCAGCAGCAGGCCUGCAGAUGACACAUCAAAUAAAGAAGUCAGCAGGUACCAGGACACAAAUGUGCAGGGCGUGGUGUUUGAACUCAACAGCUACAUGGAGCAGCGCCUGGACACUGGAGGAGACAACAAACUCCUGCUCUAUGAGUUGUGCAGCAUCAUCAAAACAGCAACAAAAGCUGAUGGAUUUGAACUUUACUUCUUGGGAGAAUGCAACAAUAGUUUAUGUUUGUUCAAUCCAACGGGGGCCAAGGACGGCCCUCCAAGCCUCAUCCCCUCUGGCCCCAUCGCAUUUGGGACAACCGUUGCCGCUCAUGUUGCCAAGACUCACACAACACUGCUCAUAGAGGACAUCAUGGGGGACGAGCGCUUCCCCGACGGCACAGGGCAGGACUCAGGGAUCCAUGUUAACUCUGUCCUGUGCCUUCCCAUCAUCACUGCCAUCGGGGACCUCAUUGCCAUCCUGGAGCUGCAUCGGCAGUGGGGCAAAGAGCCCUUCAACCUUAGCCACCAGGAGGUUGCCACAGCUAAUUUAGCAUGGGCAUCAGUUGCCAUACAUAAAGUACAGGUGUGCCGAGACCUCGCCAAACAGACUGAGCUCAAUGACUUCCUACUAGAUGUGUCAAAAACAUACUUUGAUAACAUUGUGGCAAUAGAUUCUCUACUUGAACAUAUUAUGAUAUAUGCAAAAAACCUGGUGAAUGCGGACAGGUGCGCUCUCUUCCAGGUAGAUCACAACAACAAAGAACUGUACUCUGACCUGUUCGAUAUUGGGGAAGAGAAAGAAGGCAAACCUGUCUUUCGGAAAACCAAAGAAAUUAGGUUUUCUAUUGACAAGGGAAUAGCUGGCCAAGUGGCUCAGACAGGGGAAGUCUUAAAUAUCCCAGAUGCCUAUGCAGACCCCCGGUUCAACCGAGAGGUGGACCUCAAAACCGGCUACACCACGCGGAACAUCCUGUGCAUGCCCAUCGUGAGCAAGGGGACCGUUAUAGGUGUGGUGCAGAUGGUGAACAAGCUAAGCGGCAGUGCCUUCACUAAAACAGACGAGAACAACUUUAAGAUGUUUGCUGUCUUUUGUGCUCUGGCCUUACACUGUGCAAAUAUGUACCACAGGAUCCGGCACUCUGAAUGCAUUUACAGAGUGACGAUGGAAAAGCUGUCUUAUCACAGCAUCUGCACAUCAGAAGAAUGGAAGACCCUCACCCAGCUCAACCUCCCCACUCCCAUUUAUAAAGAGAUCGAAAUGUUCCAAUUUGACAUUAGCCCCUUUGAGGAGAUCUGGCCCGCUGUGUUUAUCUUCAUGGUUCAUAACUCGUGUGGAAAGACCAGCUUUGAGCUGGAGAAGCUGUGUCGGUUCACCAUGUCCGUACGGAAGAACUACCGCCGUGUUCCCUACCACAACUGGAAGCACGCAGUGACAGUGGCACAGUGUAUGUUCGCCAUCCUGCAGAAAACCUCUGGGAUGUUCACAGAGCUGGAGAAAAAAGGUCUGUUGAUCGCCUGCUUGUGCCAUGAUCUGGACCAUCGGGGUUACAGCAACUCAUACCUGCAGAAGUUUGACCAUCCUCUGGCUGCUCUGUACUCCAGCUCCACCAUGGAGCAGCACCACUUCUCUCAGACCGUCUCCAUCCUACAGCUAGAAGGGCACAAUAUUUUCUCCAACCUGAAUUCCAGCGAGUACGAGCAGGUGCUAGAAAUCAUCCGUAAGGCCAUCAUCGCCACGGACCUCGCCCUGUACUUCAACAACCACCAGCAGCUGACGGAGAUGCUGACCUCGAGUGUGCUGGACUUGAGCAACCACUCACACAGGGACCGUGUGAUUGGUCUGAUGAUGACAGCAUGUGACCUGUGUUCUGUUACCAAGCAAUGGCAAAUCACACGAAUCACAGCCAAUGACAUCUAUGCUGAGUUCUGGUCAGAGGGAGAUGAGAUGAAGAAGAUUGGGUUGCAGCCGAUCCCUAUGAUGGACAGAGAUAAGAAGGACGAGGUUCCCCAAGGCCAAGUGGGAUUCUACAAUGCUGUUGCAAUUCCAUGUUACACAACACUAGCGGAGCUUUUCCCUCCAUCCAGUCCUCUUCUGAAUGCCUGCAAGGAGAACCUGGGCCAGUGGGAGAAGAUAUCGCGGGGAGAGAUGCAGGACAUAGUGCCCAAACGGCUCUGUGAUUCAGACCCUGUCAAGGUGGACAACUGACUUGCUGGCCCACCAAAGGAAUACAACUAGAAUCCUGCUACCGACCUGGUACUUAGGAGGGGGGGGGGGGGGAGCCCACAUCCUGUGUUAGCAGGAGACGGAUCAGCUAAAGGCGACUGGACUUUGAAAACACACAGUUACCUCAUUGGGUGACGGAGGUGUCAACACUGACGGUUUCAUCGAUCCCAGAGACUGACAGACAGCCGAUGGGGAGGAGCUUCAACCCAUCGCUCAACAUCCACUCAGCUUGGGAAUGAAUUUGGUCGAAUGGAACAUGUGCCGUUUUGGUUAUGUUAUUUUUUGGCAGUUUUAUGUUAUGAUUCCUGUUUUUUUGUAUGAGCUGAUUCUUUAACGGUCUCGUAUUUGCAGAGGCCUUACUCUGAACCUUUCACAGGCUAGAAAUAUGUGAAAUAUUGUUGUUGGUUCAGGCUUUUUUUGAAAUGGUACUGUUUGCCUUCUGUGGUAGGUUUAUUGUACGCACACUACUUCACCAAGGUAUUUCCAGAGACAGAAGGAAUGUGAAGAGCAAAUGUAUGGUUUAAUUCCACCUUAAUGAGAAGGUGGAUGCCGGAAUGUUUUUUUUAUUACUUUUUGAGCAAAAAUCCUUUGCAGUACUUGAAUAAAAACAUACAGCCUAUUCUACGUGGAGAAAUCCACCACAGCAUAUUUUACAAAACCUGGAUGAACCGUGGCGAGAGGGUUUAGAUAGUGGGGCCACUUGUGAACAUAGUCACAAGAGAGUCACAAUGUUUCUCCCUGAAGUGGACCCCACAGCACUGCCCCGGGCCCCUCCUGGCAUUUAGGAACCUGCUGCAUAGUGCAUCCAUCUUUCUUCUGAUGAGCAGAACCUGAGCCCAGGUCAGCAGAAACAUUGCGUGCUGGAAGCAAGGAAGACGAAUAGCAUCAGUUAUAGUAUAGUUGUGUGCAGGCUUAUAGUAUUGUGAGCCGAUUGAACUUUUAUUGUCGCAACAUUUUUUCACACCACUAUCACGUCACAAAUUAUUUCAGGCAACAAUCUGGUUUCGCCUUUUUAAUCAGUAAUCAUUUCUACGACCAUGAAUAAAACACAAGUAAAAUGAGGAAGCUGCACAAGUUGGUUAAGGGUCCCGGAAGAUUCGAAAGAGUUCUUUGUUUGCAGUGACACAGCAAACGUUUUACAUGUGGACGACUUUAUGGAAUGAUGAGACAGCAGCCAGAUUCGCUACACAAGGUUACGGUAUGAAUUAAAUAAAUGGCGAGGGGUGGAAUAGAUCGCAGACGAUACAGUGAAAGUGAGUUGCCGUUUCAAAGUGUGAAACCUUUAUGACACUUUUUUGCUGAUGAUGCUCAGCAGCUCACCAGGCUCAACAGCGGUCAGCUUCAUAUUUUCACAUCAUGUCAAACCUUUUCAGCUAAAUGUGCAUCAUAUGUCUAUCUCUGGGAUUGCAACUCAAGAAUGCUAGGUUGACUUUCUGCAAGUGUGUCACAGAAGUUCCCCUCAUUUCCAUGGCCUGCCCUCCGUCACGCUCACUCCCCGACGCCAUGCAAGGGGGGAACAUUUGGACUUGUUCAAAAGAGUUUCCGAGAUCUUCCAAAAGACAAUUAUUUUCAGUCUGAAACCGUCAUUCGAAUGGACAUUGUCCCUCCGAGACUGAAAUUACCGCUCAAAGAAUUUGUUUUACAAUUGGUACUGUGGCUCCCAAAUGGUGUGAAUGUGCAUUCUGAUGAAUGAUUUGUUGAUGGCAGAUCCUCGAUGGUGGCAUGUGGGUCAGUGCGCCAUCAGUUUUCAUGAUGUGCUGUCUUACUUUUUAGAAUUACUUCCAGUAAGCUUCAACCAAGAGCAACAAUUAGCAUGCACCUCAACUGAACUUGAUAUCUAACUUUGCAGAAUACGGUAGUACGUGUAUAUUGUGUGCAAUCUAGGAAUUAGUUUGUACGGAUUGAAACGUAUGCUCUAAUGGCGCUAAACUGAAAGGCAGAUGUGCACUUUCAGACUGUGCGCUCGUGUGUGUGUGGGGGGGGGGGGGGGGGGGGAGAGAACAGCCCCUACCACUCCAACCCCACCUGAGAACAUUGAUAAGUCCAUAACACUGCACUGUCCCUUCUACUUCUCCGCACGAGUUAUAUGUCAUUGUCUGCACUAUGUUUGGCUUAUGAUCUUUAUCAUUAUUAUUAUUAUUGAUGAUUAUUAUUAUUGCUAUUAUUACUAUUGUUAUUUUCUUAAUUAGAGUUCAAUUUAAAUUAACUUAUAUUUUUUAUACAAAGAGAAAUAAUGUUGGUCUUUUUGUUUUGUACAAAUUAAACAUUAAGAUAAACAAAACGGUCCAGACAAGUUACUGUUACCCAUAAUAAUUGCGGAAUGUCUCAACUGUAAACGUAAGAGCAGUAGCCCAAAUUACUUUUAUUAAAUACCUGGAAAAUACA